GCCGGGCCCUGUCAGGGGAGGCGGCGGUUGGGCUGAGCCGGCGGCCGAGGCGCCUGAAUACAUCCAGCUUCAGCCAUUGGCUCUCAUGCUGCCUUUGUCAACUGGAUUAAAGAGCUGCCUACUCUCAGAGAUCUCCUCCCCUUGGAGGUGCCGACUGCUGGGAUCAAGUCACCGCUUAAUCUUGGAUUAAAUAGAUUGAGCUUUCUUCGGGCUUGUCUGCACCUGGUAACUUACUGAAAUACUGAUUCUGGAGUAGUGACGUUGGUGUAAAUCCCCAUGUGGACGCGCGUAUUCUGGAAUAAGAGUGGAUUAAGCCAUAUUGGAAUAAGGUGUUGUAUUUUGGAAUAAAAGUGUUGAUGCGGAGACUUAUAUUCAAAUAACGACACCGGAAUAGCUAUUUCGGGUUGCCUGGGAACGCAGGGCCAGAGUGCUGAGGGCUCACCAUGGCCAAGCUGCAGGGGCUUCAGGCUGACUACAUCUUCCGCGGCACGGAGCACGUUGUGAGGAUGACCGUGAACGGGAGCGUCCUGGAGGUGGAAGUGGAGGACCGGCUCACCACCGAUCAGUGGAGAGGAGAGUUUGACGCCGCCUUCAUUGAAGAUUUAACUCACAAGACGGGGAACUUCAAGCAGUUUGGGAUCUUCUGCAGCAUGCUGGAGUCUGCCCUGAGCCAGAGCAGCGAGUCGGUCACCUUGGACCUCCUCACCUACACUGACCUGGAGGCGCUGAGGAGCCGGAAGAUUGGGGUGGGCCCAAGGCACGCACCCUCCGCCUCCAAGUCCUCGCUGCUGAGUUCCAAGCGCUACCUCAUCCUCAUCUACUCCGUCGAGUUUGACAGGAUCCACUACCCCCUCCCGCUGCCGUACGUGGGCAAGCCAGACCCGGUAGCGCUGCAGAAGGUCAUCAGGGAGCUGAAGGAGGAGCUGGCCGUGCUGAAGGCCAAACCAGGCAGGGAUUUCCGGGACGCGGAGAUCCGCCGGCUGCGGGACGAGCUGGCCCGGGUGCUGGAGGAGAAGCAGGAGGUGGAGUCAGCCCUGCUCGGGCUGCAGGAGGAGCUGAAACUGUGCAGCAAGAGCAGCGCCGGGAAGGAGGUGAAGAUCCUGAAGAAGAUUGUGCAGAGCCUGGAGGAGGAGCUGCUGAAGGAGCGAAGCAAGCACCAGCGAGCGGCCAGCAAGCGCCUGCAGGAGAACCGGCAGCUGGCUGACGAGCUGGCGGAGGUGAAAGCAUCGGAGAGGAGCCUCCGUGUCCGAGUGAAGAGUCUGACCAAUGAGCUGGCCUUAUACAAGAAAGGCCGCUUGACCCCCACCGGCCCAUCCCCUCAGAACCGAGCAGCGUCCUCCCGCGGCUUCAGUCACGCUGCCCCGGGCCGGAGCAGCGCUGCGGCCGUGGCCCGACAGGAGCGGCGCUCCACCUCCGGGGAGCGCUCCAACUCCCGGGAGCGUGGCGGGGCCUGGCCGGGGAACCGGCCACGCUCCACGUCCAGAGAAGGGCGCGGCGGGAGCCAGACCCGCCUCCCUCGCCAGUCACCGUCACCCACAGGCACCCGGCCGCCGCGCUUCGAUCCCACGGCCUUUGUGAAGGCCAAAGAGCGGAAGCAGAAGGAGGCUGAACUGAAAAACCAGCGACGGGUCCGGCGGGGCGCGGGUGAUGCACCGCCAGGCAGCUGGGGCCGCUCCAACUCCCGGGGCCUGGCAGCCUUCAGUGGAGACAGCCUGGGCAGGAGUCGCGGACGCAGCUCGUCGGUGGAGAGCUUCCGCAGCCGGCGCUCUUCAGCAAGCUCGGGCAGCGAGGCGGAUGAUUACUCCGAGCCAGUACCCCUAAGGGGCAGGCGGCGGGCACCCAGAGGCAGGAAGCCCUUGAGUUCCUCCUCCUGGAACGGCCCCAGCGGGGCUCCUCGAGGGGAUGCCGGGCGCAGGAAACGCCUGGCCAGCACCCCCACCGCGACCAAGCGAGCGGACAAAGAGAACCUGUACGAUGAGCCGUCGGCCGACCUGUCCGAGAUCGACGCCCGGCUGCAGGCGCUGCAGGAAUACAUGAACAACCUGGACACCAGGACGUAGCCAGUGGAGUCGGAGCGAGAGGGCAGGCACGUGGCCCAGGCUCGGAGCCCUCCCUGCUGCUCCCAUGGGGCCGAGCCAGGACCUCUCUCUCCCACAGGGACCCUUUGCCCUGCUGUCUCUGGGCUCUACUCCAGGCUGGACAAGAGAAGAUUAGCAAGGUGGAUCUUCGGGAGAGGGGGCUCAGGAUCUUAGUCCCCCCCCAGCUUGUUCCCAUCAGAAAUCCCCACCCCCACGGGCUGGACAGAAGGCAGGUGGCUUUGUAGUUGUACCCAAGUAGCCCAGGAGCAAAGGAUCAUGGGACAUUUCCUCCUGGGAGCGACUCCCUUCACAUUGGUGGCCGCUAGGGGGCGCCUGCCCCACUGUGGCUUGUGGAUUUCUGACCCGCGGGGAAUGGGGGGAGGCCACUGUGGGGUGGAGAACUCUGAGCUCAACAGGCUGAUGGGACCAUCUUCCGGCCCCCCCCGUGUUUAGCUCCGUUUUAGCAGCCUGCUGCUGCUGCCUUAGCAGGAGCCGUGGGAUUGAAGGAGACAGGCAGCGGGGGAGUGGAGGUGUUUUACCCCCUGGGCCGGCCUUGGCCUCUCGAUGCCGACAGCGCCGAGCUGGGACGGGAGGAUCAUCCGGGCCCCCUCGACCUGCCCUUGGGCUGCUGAAACCCCUGGGUGGAUCCCAGCCCUUCACAGCUGCAGCCUCGGCCUUGGAGCCCGACCACCCCCCACGGGCAGCUUCCCAGCUGUUCCAGCCUCAGCAGAGCCCCCGGGAGGCUGGAAUCCUGCGAUCAGUGUGAGGGGGGAAGGCGGCAGCCUCUUAACACCGAGGCCAAGCCAGCUCGAGACAGGGGCAGCACUUACCUGCUUCUGGGCUACCCCAGAAGCUGGGGCCCGGUCUGAUCUUGCCAAGCCCUCGCCCUGCACCAGCUGCUCCCAGCUAACCACGUCCCACUGGGGCAGCCGAGACGGGAGGACGCCUUGCACCGGUUUGCCUGCCUGGGCGGGCAGGCUGCCCUGCGCUCCGUCCCCUGGUCAGAGCACCCGGGAGAGAGACAGCAGGGAAAGGCACCAGCUCCGGCUCUUCGAGCUGGUCGUCCCCGGAGGCAGUGAAACGAGCGAGCUGUUCGGUCUCUGGCCGUUCCAGUGGCUUGAACUGCUUUUAAUGCUGGUGCGUGAAAUCUCCCGCGUCUCAGCAGCUGGGGGAGCAUCCCCUGUGCUCCCCCUCAUCUGCUUUCAUGGCAGCACACGGGGCUUCGGGAGACCUUUGGCCAUUGGUCCCUCAGCUGCUCUAAGCCCCCUGCCUGUUGAUGGUCCUGGAGGAGCCUCAGACUGGCUCAGCACCGGGCAUUCAGCUGUUAGAGCUGAAAGCCCCAUGCCCAGAGUCUGCCUCAGCAGCCCUGUCUGCUAUGGGAUCUGGUCCCUUCACUCCAAGGUCAAGCAAGUAGCUGCAUCCACAGUUAAUCCAGCCAUGCUGGUUCCUCUCAGUGCCCCGGUGGGCGGCAGGUGUUUGUGCUGUGAUCCUGUGUGUGCCCCAUCCCCCCCAUGUGCUGUUGCUCUGCUGUGUUGUGUGAUGAUCCCUGUUGUAAAUAAACCUUUCUAACUUCC